GUAUGGGUUGGCGUUUUCAUCAGAAAACAAAUCCUUGUAGUUCAGAUACCUAAUAUCAUCUAUGGUAUCAAUGAGCGCAGAGUACAACUCGAUUUUGGUUGUGAAACGCCUGCACAGGUGGUGACAAAAAUUUUGAAGGAACGUCUCUUCCUUCCUGAGUUAUUAAAACUGUAAGCUAAGGGCCGGUACAAAACUUCAUUGUUUCAACCCAUAAAAUAAAACAUUCUGGUCACAUACUGUCAUACGGUACUACUGUGGUCAUCCAAAUAAAAUCCUAAUGGCGUUACCUUUCUUCCGUGGUAUUUAUUACCAACCUUCUCAAUUACAACUUUUGGUUCUUCAUUUCGGCCAACGUGAUUAUCGAUAGUGUUCGCUCGUUUGUCGAUAUUUGACAUUGUGAUACAUUGAUGUACCAUUACCGUUUCAAGAGGUCGGUGAGGUUAGGAAGAUUUAAUUAACUCCGUGGAGGAGAAUUCUACUUGAGAAGAUGAUAAUCGUUCAGCGAGUCAAGAAAUACCCCAACUGUUGUGGAAGCUGAAGGUUCACAAGAGACCGCUUAGGAAGAUUUAUGUCGUGUCAGUUAAUGAAGUAGCAUGGCACUGUACGAUAACAAGCACUGGCUUUUGUCACAUAUUCGGAACUCUUUCAUAUCUUCGGAUGAUACAGGUAUGUGUGAAAUGGUAAUGGCAGGUGAAGAUAUACCACGCAAGCUGAUCAGUAUGACAAAGCUUGAUUAUUAUCCAGGAGUAGAUGAGAGUGACGAAGAAGACGGCGAAAUGGAUGUUAUGGGACAGUCAUUUGAUAUACAGUCUGAUAUAGAUUUUGGUAUUCAUCGACAACGUUCUAGUACUGCUCAGCGUCUUGAGAAAAUGGAUCAAGACCGUAAGAAAACUAAUAGGAUUAAACAUGUAAAAUGGGAAUGGAAUCCAGUUGUUUUAACAGAUGAAGAAAGAGCUGGACUUUUUGAAAGGAAGAAUUUUAGGCAAAAUAGAAAGGAUGUACAUGUAAAGAAGCUUUCCCUCCUAUCUGAACAGAUGGAGAAAUGUCCAAAUUUACCACAGAAUCCUUUUGUGGAAUAUGCAAAAUAUGAUGGAAAUGCUCAGAUGGGGGUUUCGACAAGGAAGUACGGUAUUUUCCUUACCAUGUUGGAGACAGCGGAAAGGAAUUAUCCUAUGCAUGUUGUUGUCUUAGCUCAAGCAAAAGUGCAAGAUCUUAUUGGAUUAAUUUGUUGGAAGUAUACUUUAGAACAUGGACAACAUAAACUUAAGGAUAGUGUUGACCAUUAUGGACUGUAUAUUGCUGAAGAUGAUGGUGAAGUAGACUGGGACUUCCCAUGUUUAGAUCCCCGUGAAACAGUUGGGAAAUUUGGAUUUAACUAUUUGGCUUUAGUGGAAUGUCAGAAGAAGGAUGAAGAUUCAAAAUCAGUGGAGAGAGAGGAGACUGAGGUAAUACUUUCGCAGGAGACCUUAUUGAAGCCAAAAUCCCAGCAACAGGACCUUGAAGACUUAAUCCGCAUGCAGGGUCAUAUGAUUGCAAUGGAGGCACCUUUAUAUCAGUCAUAUCGUGUCUACAUCAUUAACAAAGUGAGGGCUAAAACUGAAAUACACUUAGGUGUGUCUGGCGAAAAAGUUGAAAUUGAUCCUGUUAUGCAGCAGAAGGUAAGUGCCAAGUUUUGGAACCGUCAAAAAGCUGUUAGUUAUGACAUGGAUAGCAUAGCAGCUUGUGAUCUCACAGAUACCAAAUCUAGCAGUCGUUCUACGUUCCGGCUUGUUUACCACCAUCCAGCUUCAGGAGAACAAGCUGAAUCGUUGCAGCAUCAUUCUGAUUUUUCCAGUUACAAGCACCACGAUUUUGAAGCAGAUCACCGAACUGCAGAGGAAAUUGUGCAGAAGAUAAACCACAUUCUAGAGCUUCGAUCUAGUGUUAGAAGAAAAGAGUACCUUGCACUAAGGGAGAGAAAGUCACAUAGAAAACGAAGUUUUCAUCUAGGACCUAGAUGAUUGUUGCUGAAUGUACUUAGGCAAUUAGGUUUACUGGUGUUUUUAGAAUUCCAAACCUGUUUAAAACCAAACUGUUUCUAAGUACAUAUUACAGAAAUUGGAUGGGAUGAUUGUCUGAAAAUCUUUCCACAUUUGUUUUUUGAAAAUAAUAGUUGCGUUUGUAAAAUUGCAUUAAAGUGAUAUAUUUAUAUGACAGUUAUAUCCAAUUUUGUAUGUCUAUAACAUGGUGCUAUGAUUUUUAUCUUAUUUAUCAUUAUUUAAAUGAGUAGCAAAGAGUGUAGCAAAAUUGAAUGGCAGUCAAACAGCAAAACGAUACAGAGCAUUUGCCAAAAGAUAUGCUUUAAGCAAAGUUCAAGUUGAUGAAAUAUACAGGGUUAUUCUUUAUUAUAUGCAGAUUGUGUUCUGCUCCUGAAAUCAAGCCAGAGAAUUCCUAUAAAUAUAUUGCCACAAUUGUCAGAUUAGAGAAGGGUAUGUUGUAUUUUAGGAUUGUUUACUUAUUAAAUUUCAAGGUAACACCAUCUCACUUUUUACAAAAGUUGAUGAAAAUGCCGUGAAUUGGUUUCAAUGUGUAACUGAGGCCUGUGAUGCCAAGAAUAUCUGACACACUGAAAAAUUCCAGACAGUCCCUGUAAUAAAAUGCCAAAGCUCAUCCUGUGUGUUGACUCAUUUUGAGUGAACUAUGCUCCAUGAAGUUGGCAGGUGUGACAUCAUAUGAUUGCAGAGGCUGCAGGAGCUCAGUUAUGCAUAAACCACAUAUUUUGUUGUGUUGGUAAUUGUACAGCCUUCAGUACUUGAGGUAAUUGUGUUAAAAAUGUAAGUAGCAUUCCCCGAAGUGUCGAGGCCAUAGCUCAUAAGGUUCCAAGAAAUAACCAGUUAUUACCACCCAUACAUUAAUUAUUGCCAUAUCUCACUAACAAAAUGGUUGCAACCAUAUGUUUAUAAGAAUGUGUUUGCUUACUUCAGGAAUAGAACAUAAUCAUUAUAUUUACUGCAUGUAAUUAAGAAUUAUCCUGUAUAAAGUGCCAAUUUGUAGUGUGUGGAUUAAUUUACUGGCACAGUGAGCCAGGAUAAUGUACCAACUGUUUUUAUUGUUCCUGAAGAACAUAAUAUCAGACAUAUUUUCUAAGAAUAAUUGUUUCAGUCGUGGCAUUAAACAAAAUUAAUUAUGGAGAAUGAAAUGUAAUGCAAAGUUAGUGACAUGACUGUUAUGCAGCAUAAAAGUGUUGUUUUUCAGUGUAAUAUAAUAUGGUAUGCAUGGUUACCAUACAAGUAUUGGUGCAACUUAAGAUCUUGAACAGUUGCCACAAAAAGGUUUUUUUGAUAUGGUACCAAAAUUUUAAAAUUCUCAAAGGAAUGUACAUUAUUUCUUAAGAUGCAGUAAAAAAAGUUGUUUUCCUUCUUUACUAUGUCAGCAUGAUGUCAUACCAUAGAUUAUUUUACCCUCAUUUUGUGUGCAUGAUUUCAAUUGUAAACCAAAAGAAUUUCUUCAUGGAGUGACUUUUCGUUUCAGUAGUACUACUACAUUGUUAUGUAGUACAGGGUUUCUCAACCAGAGGUCAGUGUGCUGGCUCUUCGUGAUUCACAAGGGUGUUAUCAUAAAUUAUUACAGAAUCCCGACCUGACUUCUUGAUGAUAAUGCAGCAUAGUCACUUAAAUAUUACUGGUAUGAAAUGAAACUAUUAACUAUAUAAUGGAUGAUUUUCUGAUUUAGGAAUCCACAGAAGUUACAUUAUUUUUGUGGGAUUUAUUUCUUGAAAUUUUAAUAGCUGUCUUUUGGGAUGUUGCACCAUAUAGUCUGGUAGACAUAGACCAAUAUUUGAAGGGAGCAUACUGCCUCCAUUAUUGGGUGAUAAGUGUAUGAGAUCUGAGGUACUCAUGGUGUUGAAGAUGUUGAUCUUGGUUGCAACACUAUGUGGACUUGCAGGCAUAUACCAACAUUUUGGAGAAAAUGUCUGUGGCAUUACACCCCAGAAGACCAACAAUGACAGGGUGCUAAUUCACCACUGUCAUGAUGGAGGCAGUAAGCUUCUCUAAAACAUCAGUCACUCUCUACCAGGCUACAUGAUGCAUCAUCCCAGAAGAUGGUGAUUUUCAUUCUUAUCACCAUGAGAACCUCAAAUCUCACUAUGUAUGUGUUUAUCUUUUCCAUAUCACAUUGUUGAUAUAUUAUGAAGGAAACAUUGUAAAGUAUAUGUGUACAUAUUUGUGGAUUAUUUAAUAUGUAUUUAUUUAUAUUUUAUUUAAUGGCAAGUGAGAUGAGAGGAUAAUUAUGAGUUGAAAACUGUAAUGGGAGAAGUUGUACAGUUCUGUUUCAAGGCAUUUUACCUGAGGAAUGAGAAAAAAUAAUGUGAAACCUUAGGAUAUCAGGUGCUUAAACCACAGUUUGGGCUAAAUACAAGUAAGUUGUGUUGUGUAUUUUGAAGGUGCGAGCAGUAGUGUGCUAAAUAUCCCCUUCUAAUAAAGUCUUGGAUCUUGAUACAUACACCAACACAGGGCCAGAUUUAACAGGGAGCAACUGGGGCAAUUGCCUCAGGGCCUCCUUAAAAUACAACUUUUUUUUUUGCAGCAAAAAGUUUACAAGUAAUCAUCACCAGAAAAUGAUCAUGUGAUAUUUAUACUUGAUUAGUGUUUAUUUAUAAUUAAUUGCUAUACAGCCAAAAUUUGUUGUUAUUGAUAGGCACCUCCAUAUUUUGAUGGCCUCGGAGCGACAGCUAUAAAUUGAUCCCUGCACAUACAACAAACUUAAAGUUGUCUUGACAUCAUGAUCUGUGUUGAUUUUCUACACUGCAGUAGCAGUCGUUUCUUUUCACAUUAGCCACUGAAAAUAAAGCUCAUCUCAGAAAAUACAAGAGCAUCUAGAAUUGAUUAAAGACUCUCGGGCUACAAGCCGCGUCAGGUGGUGAAUGGUGAAUACACCAUAUCCUCUGCCAACGCUCUCAAAACGUCAGCAGAGCAUAUGGUGUAUUCACCAUUCAGGCACCUGACAUGGCUUGUAGCCCAAGAGUCUUUCAUCAACUUCAGUCGCCGCGAAAGCUUCACUUUACGCAUCUAGAAUGCUGGCCGAUUGUUGCAUUGCAGUCGUCUCUUGCUAUAGUCCAUUGGAUUCGUAGGGCAUAGUGACUGUCAAGAAAGCAUAGUAGGUAUCCUUGAACAUUGCACUGCAUACUGCCAUUAAUUUCACCAGGUUCUUACUUAUUAAAAUCUCUCCCACAUAUUCAGUGUUAAGGAAAUAUAUUAAAAUAAUUUACUCUUUUCCAUUGGCAAUCAUAUUUAACUACUUUUAGUGCUGUGUAUGUUAAAUUCCCUUCCCAUACUGGCAAUGUAUGUAUGUAAAAUUGUAAGACUUUGCUAUGACACGAGGAUAAAUAUCCAGUUGUGGGGACUUAAUGUACUCAGGCAGAUAAUUUUCUAAGAAUGGGCUAUCAUACACAAACUGGGUUCACUUUUAUGUAAGGUACUAUGUUUUUGUCAGGCCUACAGCUCUGAAUUGAUAAUGGACAUUAUGGACCUAGGUUUGAUGCAUUUCAGAAACAGUAGUUUUGCUUUAUAGCACCAUGGCAAGAUGUUCAUAUAACAUUAGCAUAAAUAAGAUUGAAUUGUCUGUUUUAUUUCCAAAUCUGAAAAAUGUACUCUAAUGACUAUGAUAUUGAAUGUACAGAUGGCAUACCAGAAUAUAUUGAUGAUAAAUGUUCCAAAUAAAUUGACAUGAUAGAAGUAAAAAUGGCUACAGUGCAUUGCUGGAAAGUCCAGCCUGAAUGAUGAUCUUUAAAUGUGCUAUGAACUCUAAACUGUACUCUACAGAGUCGUGUGGUAUUGCCAAUUUGAAGUGUUUAAUGUAUAUAGUAUUUUUUAUAACUAUUAUAGCUUUAAUUCCUCUUUACAUUUUAAAACAGUAAAACAUGCAUAAAAAUAAUGAAUUUAUACAAAUAACAGCUAUUUUCAUAAAACUUCACAAUGUUUUUGUUGCAUUGCCGUAUUGUAAUAAAUUAUUGAAAUAUGUAUCAGUAAAGAGGCACAGAAAUGCAAAAGUAGACAUUUAAUUUACUGUAGAUAACUGCACAGGGCAUUUAAACAUAUCUCCUAGGAAAAUACUACAGUGUUCUGUGCAUCUUUAAAGGGUUAAUGUUAAUAAUUACUUAUUUGUUACAAUUAUCCUCACAGUGAUACUCUUUCAUGUAGCAGGAAUACAUGUCUGUAUGUACCAUGCACACACACAUACAGCCUCAUGUUCACACUGUCUGGUUAACAUAUGUCAACUUAGCAAUUUAACAUUGUUGCUCUCCUCUUCUAAUAUGUACUGACAGAUUCUGGAGAUUUCUUGUGAACUAUAAACAUAUGCAAUGGCAUGUUA